AUGUCCUCACAACCCCACCACGGUAAUUCCGCGACAUCACGUCAAUUCCCCGCCUAUAAUCCAGUCGCCCCAGUGACAGCACCCGCGGGGACCUUGCUUCCGGGCACCAAGAUUCAAGUCGGUAGCCAUCGCGUGGUAGUUGAGAGGUACCUCUCUGAAGGUGGUUUUGCUCAUGUCUAUGUGGUGCGAUUGCCUCAGCCAGUUAAUGGGUCCGAAACCGCAGUGCUGAAGCGGGUGGCCGUGCCUGACAAGGCGGCCCUUGCCAACAUGCGCACUGAGGUGGAAACCAUGAAGAAGCUCAAAGGUCACCGGCAUAUUGUGAAGUACAUUGAUUCGCAUGCCUCGCAGCUGCGUGGAGGUGGAUAUGAGGUGUUCCUUGUCAUGGAGUUCUGCGCGGGAGGUGGUCUUAUCGACUUCAUGAACACCCGGCUUCAACACCGCUUGACAGAGCCGGAGAUCAUCAAGAUCUUCUCCGAUGUUGCCGAAGGUGUUGCGUGCAUGCAUUAUCUCAAACCGCCCCUCCUCCAUCGUGACCUGAAAGUCGAGAACGUUUUGAUCUCGGGUAAGGGGAAUUCCGCCACCUACAAACUGUGUGAUUUUGGAUCAUCGGCACCUCCUCGUCCUGCCGCUACUUCUGCCGCCGAGGGCCGCUUGAUUGAAGACGAUGUGCAGCGGCAUACAACGCUGCAGUACCGAAGCCCAGAGAUGAUCGAUGUCUAUCGGAAGCAACCGAUUGACGAAAAGAGUGAUAUCUGGGCACUUGGUGUGUUUUUGUACAAGCUAUGCUACUAUACAACUCCCUUCGAAGAGGUUGGUCAUAUGGCUAUCCUCAACGCGACCUUCAAAUACCCUUCCUACCCUUCAUUCUCGAGUCGGCUAAAGCUGUUCAUUGGCUCAAUGCUGAAGGAAGAUCCCCGCAAUCGUCCCAAUAUUUACGAGGUCGUGCGAGAGGUGUGCAACAUGCAAGGAAAGGAAGUUCCUAUCAAAGACAUAUAUUCAAAACGCUCUGUUUCGGAAGUGCGCAAGUAUCAAGAGCUACCGCCCACACCUACGGAAGCUCCUGCAGUGGGCGCAAUAUUUUCGCCUCCAAUGCAGGAGACCGAAAUAAUCCCAGAGAUUGCGCCUAUGCGUCGUGGUCGACCUGGGAAAUCCCCGUCGUCCCAACCUAGCUCCGAGAGACCGAAUGCUUCGCCAUAUCGAGCCACUGCUGAAGGUUCGUCAAAUGAUCCGUUUGCAGCCCUGGAUGGGAGCGCAGCCCGAACGAAGACAGCAGAGGAAAUGUCGAAACGAUUCCCCUCCCUGGACCAGUUUGACAUUUUGCAUGAAAAGGGCGACAAGUUUGAAUUUGAGCCAACAGUUGAAUCUAAGCCUGAGGACGAGGAUCUAUCUCGAAGACUCACCAACGCCCUAGCCGAUGAUGCUUUUGCCCGACGUGUUUCGCCUGAACGUGUGCCGAAACCGGUAUAUAAGCACCCAUCCCAGACUUCCCCUGUCCUAGCACCCAAUUUGCGUGAAAUCCCCGCGCCGCAGGCUGUUCCCUUGUACCAGCCAACUCCUCAACGGCCCGCAAUGGUGUCGACGGGUACAAUGACUUCACCCAUCCAAACACCCCGUUUGCCAGAGCUGAUCAGUCGCCCAAUCUAUCGGUUCCCUUCUUCUGACAACGAACACCGAUCUUCCAGCGAGCCAUUUACAAUCGACGAGGAACAAAGAAUGACACGGCCGCACCAAGUGCCAUCCCCUCAGAUGUCAAGUUUGAAUGUAGAAGGAAGCUCGCGGCUGCCCUCUGACCGUAUAUCCAGCCAGUCUAACUCUGCGCAUCCCUCGAUGGAAACCCUGAGACUGCCCCCGGCAUUAGAGAUAACUGAUCCCGUGGGACGUUCUAAAUCCGCUACUGGAAAGGCUCGCCCAAUGUCUGUCCAGUCGGGAGUGAGAUAUGACUUGCCUCGUGACUCUGAGAGCCCGCGGUCUUCGCUCGAUAUGCCCCGCCUACAGUACGAGGGCGGCGCGCCACUACGCUCAGUGCGCACCGACAUGGAUCGCGAGUCUGAUCGGACCAUUUCCUCUGACAUCGAUUACCUACGCGCGAUGGAGGAAGAAGAGAGCAACCGCAAGCGCGAGAAGCGUUCCAGUGGUAGCUACAAAUACAAUAAGCGCGCUAGUCUGUCUACUUUGUCGCUUUCGGGAGGAAAGAACCUAUUUUCUAGUCGAUUCGGCGACGCAUUCCGCCGAUUUGAGGCGGGCAACCAAGAAAAAUCCGCGUCGCCAUCGGCGGAAGAUGCACCCCAGCAGGGUCUGGCCGAGGUGUCAGACUCGUCUGAGGAUAGUCUUUCAUCAAAUGACGAGAUCGCCUUGGAAGACGUGAACCGGGACGACAUAUCACCGGAGAUGCGUCGGGAGCUAGAACGCCGCCGACUCUCCCAAGAGGAGAAACGAGUUGCCAAUGCCGCAGCUGAGUACCGGCGCCGAGUAGCCGAAGGUGAUGGGGGUGGAAGAGCGAUAGGCGAUGGCACACGCUCCCUCACGAUUUUGAACAAGGUACAAUCGUUGCUUGGAGAGUCUGAGAAGCCGACCAUUCCCAAGACUGCUACAGGGUAUGGACGGUUCACGGAGACUUCCUCUUCUUUGCAGGCAAAGCAGAGUGAGACCAGAACCACCGCCUCCGCCUCCAGCCAGCUGCACGCUUCUCACACAUCCGGCCCGACCUACACUCGUGACGGUUCAAGGACACUCCCAGAUCGUCCAGACGGCCCCAAUGUCUCUGCAUGUCUCCCGCAAUCUGUCGCCCCUACCAGUUAUCCAUUAACACAACGUCCCACAGCUCGACCAACUGCACCACCAAAGCCCAAGAGUUUGCGCACUGGGUCAGCCACCUCGCGACCAGGUUCUGGCCACGGUUCCUCCGAAGAGACUGGGGAGGACUGGGAGGCCAAAUUCAGUCAGCGUUUCCCAAGUUUGUCUGGACUUGAAAUGGAGACAGAGAUCACGAUCCCGAAAAUCUCCAGCUUGAGGACACGGGAAGUGUAG